AUUCUUGUUCAGUGCUUGUGGGGUUUCUUUGAUUUUGUUUAUUAAAAAAUGGCGUCUCAAGAGACAGCUAUGGAGAAGGAACAUAAUGUUGCUCAGGUUGAAGAUUCAUUAGGAGUGACAGAGGAAACCAUUCGUGCUCAUAAUCGAAAGCGAAGCAAUCUUGUUCUGGAGAUACCCUCAAGAACUUUGGAAGACCCCUUUCAAGAAUCUGUCACCAUUAAGAUGAAACCAACGCCUUGUUUGACUCCCAGAAGAGUGAAUUUUCUCUUGACACCUAGUCCGUCCGAUGCGAGAAUCACGGGGUCCUUGUGCCCUUCCUCGUCGAGAGGCAAAUCGUCCUUGAAGAGCCUCUUACCGAAACCAAGCUUCAAGAAUGGAAAUCCUGAUUUGGAUGCUGAAAAGGUUGCAAUGUUUGCUCCUGAAUCUUCUACCACUUCACGAAGGGAGAAACCCUCCAUUGUGAGGACAUUGUCGCUUACAAAGUUAUUUAGAAGUCCUCGGGUGAAAAGGACGUCGUCGUUGCCUGUAACUCGUAUUGUGCAUUCGAACUCAGAGUCCGAAUGCAUUGGUAGCCUAAGUGGCUCUGUAAAUUCCAGUAGAAAGGGAAGCAUACAACAGAUUUCUCGCUCACUGUCAGUUCCUAUAAACCGCAAAGAAGGAAACUUAAGGAGAAUGGAUUCGUUUUUUCGAGUAGUUCCCUUGACUUCACGAGUAAAGGAAGGGGAAAUAAGCUCGAAUUUUCCCGUGGGACCUGAUGCUGAAGACAGUGACGGUGAGGAUAUACCCGAAGAAGAGGCUGUUUGUCGAAUUUGUAUGGUCGAACUAUGUGAAGGAGGUGAAACGCUUAAGAUGGAGUGCAGCUGCAAAGGUGAGCUCGCUUUGGCCCACAAAGACUGUGCUGUGAAAUGGUUUACCAUCAAAGGGAACAAGACCUGUGAUGUGUGUAAGCAAGAGGUCCAGAACCUACCUGUCACUCUUUUACGAAUCCCAAGUACUCGAGCUCGAAAUGCAGCAGUUAUUAGAGGUCUUCAGCCUGAUGUUCCUGGAUACAGGGUUUGGAAUGAGGUCCCUAUUAUUGUUUUCAUCAGCAUGCUUUCGUAUUUUUGUUUUCUUGAGCAACUUCUGGUUGGAGAAAUGGGCAUUGGUGCAAUUGCUAUAUCUCUUCCUUUCUCGUGUGUGCUAGGCCUUCUUUCAUCCAUGGUUUCGUCAACAAUGGUGACGCGAAGAUUUGUGUGGCUCUACGCGUCAAUUCAACUUGUUUUGGUGGCUGCUUUUGCUCAUAUAUUUUAUUCCACGGUGAAAAUACAAGCAAUCCUAUCGAUUCUCCUCGCAACGUUUUCUGGAUUCGGUGUCGCAAUGAGUGGGAGUUCCUUUGUAGUUGAGAUCCUACGAUGCAGAAGAAGAUGGCAACGUGCUAGGUCAGAGCAGAGCAGUACGCAUCGGACGGGUCCUAAUAACGAAAACCAGCAAAGUGGGAGCUGACUCUUAAUGGAGCUCAACAUGUGCUUGGUAGUUUGUCCAAAUUUAAGGUAAAUCCAAUAGGCUCACAAAGCAUUCCAACAUCAUUCAAGGUUAAACAAGCGUGGGUCCUGUCUCUCAAGCCAAGAGACUGCAAUGAAAUGGUGCUCGUGUAA